GGUUUGUCAUUCCUUUCCCAUCUUCAUUGCAUUUCUACUUUCAUUCCAUUCCAUCAUACCAAUCACCUCCUUAUUAUAUGGCUAAAAUAGUGUAUUAUCCCUAACAUGUACCUUGAUCAUUGUUUCUCUUUUACUGGUUCGGGAUGAUGACAAAUUGUUUCCCAGGAGGAAGCCAACUCCGAAAGAUACUGUGAAAGGUGACAAUUCUUGAAUAAUGGAUACUAGAGCCAUUGAGCAUCUGUUCAGGAAUCUCUGCACAUCAGAGACGAAUCUCGGGUUGUAAACACAUAAUAUUCUUGUGUAUAAUAUGUAGGUAAACUGUAGUAAAUAAUAAAGAAGCAAAAUAGACCUACUGAUACUAUGAUAAAGUAGGACACAACAAAGAUAUAAUCAGCUAUAGUAGUUUGUUAAAGAUUAACAUGUGUGGAGGAGCCAAUCCACACAAAAGGUACUUUAGAAAAAAGUGGAUGGCUUUUUCUUUUUCCGUUUCCACUAAACAACUUUGAGAAUUGAUUGAUCUUCUUCGUCUUCGUCGUCGUCUUCAUCUUAAGAGCUUUCAAAAGAUUGAAGCAACUAAAGAUUAAGAUAUGUGGAGAAGCCAAUCCAUACAAAGGUACUUUAGGAAAAAGUGGAUGGCUUUUUCUUUUUCCGUUUCCACUAAACAACUUUAAGAAUUGAUUGAUCUUCUUCGUCUUCGUCGUCGUCUUCAUCUUAAUCUUCAUCUUCUGAGCUUUCAAAAGAUUGAAGCAACUAAAGAUUAAGAUAUGUGGAGAAGCCAAUCCAUACAAAGUGUUACACUGAUCGCCACCUCCUUACCAUUUUCCAAUUCAACCACUGAUCAAGAUGCACUACUCGCCUUCAAAAAUGCCAUCACUUCGCACCCCAAUUCCAUCCUGAUCAGCAACUGGUCCACUAAUGCUCCCAUCUGUAGCUGGACCGGCGUCUCCUGCAGCCUCGACCACCAAAGGGUCACGGCCCUCAAUCUCUCCGGCUUUGGCCUCCAAGGAACUCUCUCUCCACAUCUCGGAAACUUAACGUUCCUUCGAUCUCUGGACAUGAGCUCCAACAAUUUCACAGGCUCCAUACCCUCUGAGCUGUCCAAUAUCCGAGGGCUGCGCACUUUGAACUUAUCGAGUAAUCAGCUCACUGGUACUCCACCCAGUUGCGUCUUCACCAACAUGUCUGUGUUGGUAGAGAUUGAUCUCAGGUCUAAUGAGCUAACGGGCCAACUCCCAAGUGAUAUAUGCAGUAAUACUCCCAAACUCAAGAGAUUAUUUCUCAGAAAUAAUCAAAUUAAUGGAAAAAUUCCAAAGAGUAUAUACAAGUGCAGAGAGAUGGAGGAGCUGAGCUUGGCCUACAACCAAUUCAAUGGCAACAUACCAACUGAAAUUGGGAAUUUAACCAAACUUACAUAUUUAGGCUUGUCAUCAAACCAUGUGGAAGGAGAAAUUCCUUCUUCUAUCUUCAACAUUUCUUCUCUGGAAUUUGUGUUCCUCGGCGGCAACAGUCUUUCCGGAAGUAUCCCACUUUUCAAAGGUGUAACCAAACUUCAACUUUUGUAUCUUGACUUCAACAAAUUGACAGGUGGUAUACCAAAAGAAAUUGGACAUCUUACCUCCUUGAAGUAUCUAGCACUUCAGAACAACAACUUGACAGGUCACGUACCAAUGCAAAUUGGGAACCUUACUCUGCUGAAAAAUUUGCUUAUUAGUUCUAAUAAUUUGGCAGGUUCCAUCCCAGCUUCCAUAUUCAAUAUCUCAACACUGGAGAUAUUAAAUCUUCAACAGAAUCAAUUUUCCGGCCGUCUUCCUCCAAACAUGUGUGUUUCACUUGUGAAUCUUCAAGAGCUAUAUUUGCAUACUAAUAGACUCAGCGGUGAAAUUCCAACUUGUAUUAACAAUGCUUCGAAGCUUACUUUUUUGGAAUUGAACUCAAACUCAUUCACCGGCUCUAUCCCCGACUUUGGUAAUCUAAGACAGCUGCAAGCGCUUCGGCUCUGGGAAAAUAACUUCACAGGAGCUGAAUUUCUCUCUUCUUUGACUAACUGUCGGAAUUUGGAGACAUUGGAAAUAUCGAACAAUCCACAGAUGAAUGGCAUCCUCCCAGCUUCCAUUGGGAAUUUAUCUACUUCUCUUGUCACUUUUUCAGCAUCUUCCUGCGGCAUUCGAGGUGCUAUUCCUUCUGAAAUUGGAAACUUAAGCAGUUUGCAAACUCUGGAGUUAUCUGGGAAUCAAUUCACAGGAUUCAUCCCGACAACAGUGGGAAAGUUGAAGCAACUAGUAAAGUUGCAGUUUUAUGGUAGCCAGUUGCAAGGAUAUAUCCCUCGUGAGCUUUGCAAUAUCAGUACUUUGGGGUAUCUGUUUUUGAGUGUUAAUAUGCUUACGGGUUCAGUCCCUGAAUGUUUGGGAGAAAUCAAAUCGCUAAAAGAAGUCUCAUUGGCCUCAAACAAGCUCAAUUCCACACUUCCUUCCAACUUGUUAAAUAUUCAAGAUCUCUUAUUUCUAAACUUAUCUUUAAACUAUUUGAGUGGUGAGCUUCCAUAUCAGAUGAGGAUGAGGGCUAUCUACUUUUUAGACUUAUCAUCUAACAAGUUUUCAGGAAAUAUUCCCAGCUCAAUUGGAGACUGCAAAUCACUGGAAUACCUAAUUUUAUCAAAUAACAAGUUGAAUGGAUCCAUCCCCAAAUCUUUGGGGGAGCUCGGAGGCUUGCAGACAUUGAAUCUUUCCAAUAAUAAUCUUUCUGGUUUGAUACCAAAGUCAUUGGAAAAUCUUAAGCUUAAGCAAUUUGAUGUGUCGUGUAAUCAAUUGGAAGGGGAAAUUCCAAAUGAGGGUUGUUUUGCCGACUUUAGUGCUCAAUCAUUUCUUAACAACUCUGGUCUCUGUGGGCCAGAAAGAUUUCAAGUGCCAUCCUGCAAAACAGAUCAUCCAAGAUCUACAUCCAAGACUGUUUCUCUAGUAAUGAAAUAUGUUGUUCCCCCCCUCCUUGGAUUCAUGUUAGUGGUGAUCGGCAUACUCAUUCUCUUAAGGAGAUGGAGACCGCAAGAGAAACCACCUACAAGUGCGAAUUCAUCAGUAACUAGUAGUUGGAAAAUAGUUUCAGAGAAAGAACUCGAGUUGGGAACGAGUUCUUUUAGUGAGACGAAUCUUCUUGGAAGAGGAGGCAUCGGUUCAGUAUUCAAAGCAACACUUGCAGAUGGGACACUGGUUGCUGUCAAAGUCUUCAACUUGCAAGUAGAAGGAGCUACCAAGAUCUUCGACACUGAAAGCCGGAUAUUGGGCACCAUUCGACAUAGAAACUUAGUCAAGACAAUUGGUUGUUGCAGUAACACCGGAUUCAAAGCCUUGAUUCUUGCAUACAUGCCUAAUGGAAGCUUGGACGAAUGGUUGCAUUCUGAUAAAUUAUGUCUGGAUUUGGUUGAAAGACUGAAGAUAGCAAUAGAUGUUGCAUUUGCCUUGGAAUAUCUCCAUCAUGGUCACACUUUCCCUAUUGCUCAUUGUGAUAUAAAGCCAAGCAAUGUGUUGCUCGAUGCAGAUAUGACUGCUCAUGUUGGUGAUUUCGGUAUUUCCAAGCUCUUUGACAAUGGUGAGGCUGCAGUUCAUACUGUAACCAUGGCAACAAUCGGCUAUGCAGCACCAGAGUUUGGAUCCGAAGGAAUGAUAUCGACGAGUGGGGACGUAUACAGCUACGGAAUACUGUUGUUGGAGAUAUUUACGAGUAAGAGGCCAACAAAUGAUAUGUUUGGCGCGGAAAUGAGCAUAAAGGAAUGGGUGGGUAAGGCAUUACAAGAAGAUAGGAUAAGUGAAAUUGUGGCGCCUGCUUUGCUAUCAACAGAAGAUCCGCAUUUCUGUGCAAAGGAGCAAUGCGUGUUAUCUAUUUUUGAUUUGGCGAUGAAAUGUUUAGCCUUUUUGCCCGAGGAAAGGAUCAACAUGAUGGAAGUCGUGGCUGCUCUACAGAAGAUCAAAGACAAGUUUGCUGUGGAAGAGAUCAAGAAGAAACAUCACAAGUGAUAGCUAGAUUGUUUGCAUUGGUUCGUAAAAUAAUUAAUAGUUUGUAUAUAUGUGUUGGUGUCGAUGAAUUUGGUGUGCCAAGUAUGGUUGUUUAGUGGAGGUUGAUAUUUUUCUUCUCAAA